UGAGUGUGUAUGUGUGUGUGUGUUAAUCCCACUCUGCCGUGGUCAGGUGAUCCGGCGCUGAGCAGCUGUACAGCCUCGGUAUCGCUCACCAUCAGACAACGGGAGACACCGGCGCUGAGCAGACUCGUUUUCUCGCCUGACGCAAAGCUUUAGAAAACGGUGCGGUAUAACGCUAGCCUGUAGGAGCGUUGUUUUAGCGAAAAGGCAUGGGGGACCGAGUAGCUUUACUGCUGCUGGUUUUAGCGGCUUCGGCUCUGGCUGUCGAGGUGCCUACAGAUGUUUCGAUGGGCCUGUUGGCAGAGCCCCAGGUGGCCAUGUUUUGUGGUAAACUCAACAUGCACAUCAACGUCCAGACUGGCAAGUGGGAGCCGGACCCCUCGGGCACAAAGAGCUGCAUCGGUACCAAGGAGGGCAUCCUGCAAUACUGCCAGGAGGUUUACCCUGAACUCCAGAUUACCAACGUGGUGGAGGCCAAUCAACCAGUCAGCAUCCAGAACUGGUGCAAGAAGGGGCGCAAGCAGUGUCGCAGUCACAUGCACAUCGUGGUGCCUUACCGCUGCCUAGUGGGAGAAUUUGUGAGCGAUGCUCUGCUUGUUCCUGAUAAGUGCAAGUUCCUGCACCAGGAGCGCAUGGAUCAGUGUGAGAGCCACCUGCACUGGCACACUGUAGCCAAAGAGUCCUGCGGAGACCGCACCAUGAACCUCCACGACUAUGGGAUGCUGCUGCCGUGCGGCAUCGACCGCUUCCGAGGAGUGGAGUUUGUGUGCUGCCCCGCUGAGGCGGAGCGUGACGCCGAUAGUGCUGAGCAGGAUCCUGAUGAUUCUGAUGUCUGGUGGGGCGGAGCGGAGACCGACUACUCUGACAACAGUAUGGUGCGUGAGCCAGAGCCAGUGGAGCAGCAAGAGGAAACAAAGCCAUCUGUGGUAGACGAGGAUGAGGACGAGGAGGAAGAGGUGGCAGAGGAAGAGGAGGAAGAGGAAGAGGAUGAAGAAGAGGACGUGCUGGACAAUGACCAGGAUGGAGAUGGAGAGGAAGAUGAGGAGCUGGUGGACGACGAGGACGAAGAGGAAGACGAUGACAAUGAUGACGACAUCCUCGACUCGCUCAUCGACGGUGAGCCGACUACCAACGUUGCCAUGACGACAACCACCACCACCACCACAGAGUCUGUGGAGGAAGUUGUCAGGGAUGUGUGCUGGGCCAGUGCAGAGACAGGUCCAUGCCGGGCGAUGCUGCCCCGCUGGUACUUUGACCGCGAGGAAGGCCGCUGUGUUCAGUUUAUCUACGGCGGCUGUGGAGGCAACAGGAAUAACUUUGAGUCAGAGGCGUACUGCCUGUCUGUCUGCAGCAGCGUCAUUCCCACAGCAACGCCCAGCUCCUCCGAUGCAGUGGACCACUACCUGGAGACGCCCGCUGACGAGAAUGAACAUGCACACUUCCAGAAGGCCAAAGAGAGUCUGGAGGCCAAGCACCGUGAGAGAAUGUCCCAGGUGAUGAAGGAGUGGGAAGAGGCCGAGCGGGAAGCCAAGACUCUUCCACGUGCUGAAAAGAAGGCCGUGAUUCAGCGUUUCCAAGAGAAGGUAGAAGCACUGGAGCAAGAGGCAGCCAGCGAGCGCCAGCAGCUGGUGGAGACUCACAUGGCCCGGGUGGAGGCUCUGCUGAACGACCGCCGCCGCCUGGCUCUGGAGAGCUACCUGACUGCAUUGCAGCAGGAUCCACCCCGGCCCCGGCAUGUUUUCAGCCUGCUGAAGAAGUACGUGCGCGCUGAGCAGAAGGACAGGCAACACACCCUCAAACACUUCGAGCACGUCCGCAUGGUGGAUCCCAAGAAGGCCGCCCAGAUUAGACCUCAGGUGCUGACCCACCUGCGCGUUAUUGAGGAGCGCAUGAACCAAUCUCUCGGACUCCUCUACAAAGUGCCCGGUGUGGCUGAUGAUAUCCAGGACCAAGUCGAGCUCCUGCAGAGGGAGCAGGCAGAGAUGGCUCAGCAGCUGGCUAACCUGCAGACAGACGUAAGGGUGAGCUAUGGAAAUGACGCCCUGAUGCCCGACCAGGAGCUGGGAGAUGGCCAGACCGACCUGUUGCCGCAGGAAGACACUCUGGGACUGGCUGGAGUCGGCUUCAUUCACCCUGAGAGCUUCAACCAGCCCAAUACCGACAACCAGGUUGAGCCAGUAGACUCCCGCCCCAAUCUCGACGGAGGCAUUCCAACACGACCAGUGACUGGAAUGAAGAUGGAAGCUAUUCCUGAGAUGCGGAUGGAGACUGAGGACAGACAGAGCACAGAGUACGAAGUUCGCCACCAGAAACUGGUCUUCUUCGCAGAGGAUGUGGGCUCCAACAAGGGCGCCAUCAUCGGCCUGAUGGUCGGAGGCGUCGUCAUAGCAACCGUGAUCGUCAUCACCCUGGUGAUGCUGAGAAAGAAACAGUACACCUCCAUCCACCACGGAGUCAUCGAGGUGGAUGCUGCCGUCACCCCCGAGGAGCGCCACCUGUCAAAGAUGCAGCAGAACGGUUACGAGAACCCAACCUACAAGUUCUUCGAGCAGAUGCAGAACUGAGGAGGAUAUCACAUGUACACAUACGUAAACACACACAAAAAACAACAACAAAUGCACACAAACCAUUCUCAUCCCACACAUCGUCACCUCCCCUCCCCUUACCUUCCCUCCUCUUCCCUUCCCCAGCCCUCCCUUCAACCAAAAGACGGAUCUUUAAGUGACUGAAAUAGUCAGUUACGAGCACAAGGAGCGACUGUAGCAUGGGGUUGUUUUUUUUUUUCUUUCUCUUCUCUCUCUCUUUUUUUUCUUACACUGCGGCCAAGCCACUCUGCACCAAGUUUGUUCACUUUACUGGAGCAAGACGCCUUUUUAAUUAAAGGAAGGAGUUUUUAUACGUUGCUCCGUCAGGGCCUGCUGAUGUAUGGAGGGGAAAGAAAAACCUUAAAACAAGCAAAGCCCCUGCCCGGUGCAUGGAAACAAACCCGUUCUCUUGGGGAAGACGAGCACACGUUCGCUCUCUCUCAACACUGAUUCAGGGCCAGUGUGUAGUUGGGUUUAUUAUGUUUAUUUUUAGGCUCGGGUCGCUUUUAGGUGUGGACUUUGUAAGCAGAUCCGACCGCUGAUCAGUAGGGUGUUUAGACGCAUGCUGGCCUCGGCCUUUGUUAUUAAAAUAAUUUAAAAAAUUGUUGCAUGCAGAAUCAUCAGAAUCGAGCAGUUUCCUCUGAAUCGUUUUUGUUUUUGCGUAUUCGUAAUGAUGAUAUGAUUUUGGAAAUAUAGCAGCACCAUGAUUUUUACGAGGCCCAGUGUUUUCCUCGCCUACUGCACCACUACUGCACACUCUCUACAGUCUACACUGGAGUAUAAA